AUGUCUCCUGUUGCUGUGAGCCUGAGGGCCGCCGUCCUUUGUCUCUGGGCCUGGAUGGGCCUGGCUGCCAGCGACCGGGUGUACAUACACCCCUUCCACCUCCUCGUCUACAGCAAGAGCAGCUGUGAGCAGCUGGAGAAAUCUAAUGCAGAGGCGCCCAAAGACCCGACCUUCGCUCCCGUCCCAAUUGAGGCCAAGACGUCUCCUGUGGACGAGAAGGCCCUGCGAGAGCGGCUGCUGCUGGCUGCUGAGAAGCGGGACGAGGAGGACAGGAUGCGGGCUGCGAAGGUGGGCAUGCUGCUCAACUUCAUGGGCUUCCUCAGGUAUAGGGCCCUGAGCAAGACCCAGAGCACAGCCGGCGGGGCCGUCCUCUCGCCCACGACCCUCUUCGGCACACUGGCCUCUUUCUACCUGGGAGCCCUGGACCCUACAGCGCACAGGCUGCAGGCAUUCCUGGGCGUCCCCGGGGAGGAUCAGAGCUGCACCUCCCGCCUGGAUGGCCGCAAGGUCCUCUCCGCUCUGCAGACCAUUCAGGGCCUCCUGGUGGCUCCGGGGAGUGCUGACAGCCAGGCCCGACUGCUCCUCUCCACGGUGCUGGGCCUGUUCACAGCCCCUGGUCUGCACCUAAAGGAGCCAUUUGUGCAGGGCCUGCUUCCCUUUGCCCCCGUCACCCUCCCACGCUCCCUAGACUUGUCCACGGACCCAGACCUUGCUGCUGAGAAGAUCAACAGGUUCAUGCAGGCUGUGACUGGGUGGAAAAUGAACAGUCCCCUGGCAGGAGUCAGCCCAGACAGCACCCUACAUUUCAACGCCUAUGUCCACUUCCAAGGACAGAUGAAGGGAUUCUUCCUGCUGGCAGGGCGCCAGGAAUUCUGGGUGGACAACAGCACCUCAGUGUCUGUCCCCAUGCUCUCGGGCACCGGCACCUUCCAGCACUGGAGCGACACCGAGAGCAGCCUCUCCAUGACCCGGGUGCCCCUCAGCGAGAAUGCCGGUCUGCUGCUGAUCCAGCCCCACCGCGCCUCGGACCUGCAGACGGUGGAGGCCCUCACCUUCCGGCACGACUUCCUCACGUGGACCAAGAAACUGUGUCCCCGGCGCAUCCGCCUGACCGUGCCCCAGCUGGCACUGCGAGGCACCUACGACCUCCAGGACCUGCUCGCCCAAGCCAAGCUGCCCGCCCUGCUGGGCUCGGAGGCGAACCUGGGCAGAGCCAGCGAUGCCCACCUCCGAGUCGGAAAGGUGCUGAACAGUGUCCUCUUUGAACUAAAAGCAGACGAGGGAGAGCAGCCCAGAGAGUCUGCGCAGCAGCCGGAGGGGCCGGAGGCCUUGGAGGUGACCCUGAACAGCCCGUUCCUGUUUGCUCUCUAUGAGCAAGACUCCACGGCCAUCCACUUCCUGGGCCGUGUGGCCAACCCGCUGAGCGAGGUGUGAGGCCCUGCCGUCACUGAGGCGUGGCCAUAGGCAGCCGCCUCCCACCGUUUCUUCCAGUGAGUCAGCUCGGAGCUGGAAAGAAGCCGUUUCUCCUAGUAAACAUGGCGAUGAAUACACGGAGCAGCAGGUCCUGUGAUGUGCCUACCCAGCCGCCAGGCCCCCUUUAUCCUGGGGGACGCGGGGGCACCAAAACCGGAUGAGUGGAUAGUGCAAGUUGACUGUUUCGGAAAAAGUUUGCCCAGACCAAUGUGUUUGUGAAACCAAAAUGUAUUUUCUUUCUAACUGAGCACAGAAAUUGGGUUUUAAAAUGAAAAUGUCCAUUUUUUCAUUGCUUUGGGUUUAUAUCCAGUUAUUGAAUGUGAGCCCACGACCCACACGCCAUCUCCACAAGCCUUAGUUUUUCUUUCCAGUGAUAUUUGCGAUUUUUGAAAAA